AUGAGGGUGGCAGUGGGCAUGCUCUGGCUCCUGGCCCUCUGGGAGCACCCCCGAGCCCAGGGCUCCUGCCCCUCUCAAUGCAGCUGCAGCCUCCACGUCCUGGGUGAUAGCAGCAAGGCCAGGACGGUGGUGUGCAGCGACCCCGACAUGACCCUGCCCCCCGCGUCCGUCCCUCCGGACACCUGCAGACUGCGCCUGGAGCGGACGGCCAUUCGCAGGGUGCCCGCGGAGGCCUUCAGGCCGCUGGGCCGCCUGGAGCAGCUGUGGCUGCCCUACAACGCCCUCAGCGAGCUCAGCGCCCUCAUGCUGAGGGGCCUGCGCCGCCUGCGAGAGCUGCGCCUUCCCGGGAACCGCCUGGCCGCCUUCCCUUGGGCGGCGCUCAGGGACGCCCCCCAGCUGCGGCUGCUGGACCUGCAGGCCAACCGCCUCUCGGCCGUGCCGCCCGAGGCCGCGCGCUUCCUGGGGAACCUCACCUUCCUCGACCUCUCCAGCAACCAGCUGAUGAGGCUCCCGCAGGAGCUGCUGGCCACCUGGGCUCACCUGCAGACCGGGCCCUUCCUUCCCGGCCACCGCACCAGGCUGGUGCUAGGGCUGCAGGACAACCCCUGGGUAUGUGACUGUCGCCUCUACGACCUCGCCCAUUUUCUGGAAGGCUGGGCCCCAAAUCUGGCCUUCAUAGAGGCCAGGCUGAAGUGUGCCAGCCCGCGCAGCCUGGCCGGAGUGGCCUUCAGCCAACUGGAACUGAGGAAGUGCCAGAGUCCGGAGCUCCGACCAGGGGUAGCCAGCCUCCGGUCCCCUCUGGGCAGUGCAGUAUUGCUACGUUGUGGGGCCACCGGUGUCCCUGGGCCAGAGAUGAGCUGGAGGAGAGCCAAUGGGUACCCGCUCAAUGGCACAGUGCACCAGGAAGUCGCCAGCGAUGGCACGAGCUGGACACUGCUCGGCCUGCCUGCUGUGUCCCACCUCGACUCUGGAGACUACAUCUGCCAGGCCAAGAACUUUCUGGGAGUCUCAGAGACUGUCAUCUCCUUGGCCGUCACUGAGCCCCAGGCUUCCACAGAACACAGUGGGAGCCCAGGGGCAUUGUGGGCAAGGACAGGUGAGGGGGCGGAAGCUGCCGCAUACAACAAGAUGGUGGCCAGGCAUGUCCCCGACAUCCCUGAACCUGCUGUCCUGGCCACUGGGCCCCCCCUGCCCAGCGUGAAGGAGGAGCUGAGCCUCCAGCACUUCCAGAUGGGGAUCCCAGGAGAAAGCUCGGACAGGCGGGCGGGACGCCAGGAGGCCCAGAUGGUGAGGUCUCUCAAGGUGGUGGGAGACACUUACCAGAGUGUGACCUUGGUGUGGAAGGCCCACCAGGGGGGGAGCACAACCACCUUCAGUGUCCUCUAUGCGGUCUUUGGGCAGCGCAACAUGCGGAGGGUGGUUGUGCCACCUGGAAAGACCAGCAUCACCAUCCGUGGGCUGGCGCCCAAGACCAAGUACGUGGCAUGUGUCUGUGUGCGGGACCUGGUGCCCCAGAAGGAGCAGUGUGUCAUCUUCUCCACGGACGAGGUGGUAGAUGCCGAAGCCACCCAGCGGCUCAUCAAUGUGGUGGUGAUCAGUGUGGCCAUUGUCAUCGCCCUGCCCCUCACCCUGCUCGUCUGCUGUGGUGCUCUGCGAAGGCGCUGCCAGAAGUGCCGCACUGGGGACUCCACAGAGGCCACCGGUGCCUACGUCAACCUGGAGAGGCUGGGCCACAGCGAGGAUGGCUCUGAGGAGCUGUCCCAGCACAGCCUUAGUGAGGCCGACAGGCUCCUCUCGGCCCGUUCCAGCCUGGACUCUCAGGUCUGGGUGGGCAGGGGGGGCAGACGGAUCAAUGAGUACUUCUGCUGA